CUCACCAUUUUCCCGCGGAUGUUUCCCGCUACUUCUCACUGGAAUUUUCUCGCCGAAGUAAACUGUUUCUCCCAGAUUUUUCUCUCAUUUUCUUGGUCGGUGAAACUCCAUGAACUCUCGAGAUCUCGGAGUGGUCUCCACGGCCACGAUCUUUGGUGCUUUAGCUUCAGCACUUGCUUUUCGCUUCUUCUUCUUAAACCCUAAGUGGCAUAACUCUCACAGAACCGCUUCAUCUCAAAACGGCGUAGUUUCCCCGAAAUUAUCCUCUCUGGACCCUUUCGAUCCUUCGAAACGCAAAGGAUACUUAUCAUGGGACGAUUAUUUUAUGGCAAUUGCAUUUUUAUCGGCUGAGCGGUCCAAAGAUCCCAACAGGCAGGUGGGUGCCUGCUUGGUGAGUCAAAAUGGUGUAAUUCUUGGCAUUGGUUAUAAUGGAUUUCCAAGAGGUUGCUCAGAUGACAAACUUCCCUGGGCAAAGAAAUCCAAAAAUGAAGAUCCUUUGGAGACAAAGUAUCCUUAUGUUUGUCAUGCUGAAGUCAAUGCUAUCUUGAAUACAAACCAUGCAUCUGCUGCUGGGCAGAAACUUUAUGUUACCAUGUUUCCUUGCAAUGAAUGUGCGAAGAUAAUUAUUCAGUCAGGUGUGGCUGAAGUUAUAUACUUUGUGGAGAAGAAGCUAAAUGAUUCAAACAUUGCAUACAUAGCUUCACACAAAUUACUCAAAAUGGCUGGUGUUAAAGCAAGGAAAUAUCAACCUCAGAUGGACCAAAUUUUAAUAAAGUUUGAUGAACCCUAGUUUGUUUUUUAUUUUCUAGGUCUAAUUGCUUUUUGUGCCAAAA